AUGAGUAAUUUAUUUAAUUUACCGUUUUCGUUUUCAACAAACCCUCAAACAGUUAAAAAUCUCUUACAACAUCGAUUGCAUAUUCAACCAAACUCCAACGAUGACAAAUGGUCGGAAAAAGCGAUCAGAGGUCUUAUCAAACGCUUGACAAAAAGUUCCAUGAUCGAUGAUUUACAACUAGCGCUCGACACCAAAAAUCCUCAUACACGUUGCGUUACGAUUCCCAGAGAUGCGCAAAGUAAAUUAGUUGAACCCAAUCCAUCUACAACAGUACGAAAGGCAUUCAAUGACAUAACACCUACUAUUGCUUUUUGCCGAAUAUGGCGUUGGCCAGAUUUGAACACUCAUUUAGAACUACGACCGACACCGACAUGUACAUAUGCAUUUCAACAUGAAAAAGAUCAAAUUUGCGUUAAUCCCUAUCAUUAUGAACGAGUCAUCGCUCCAUUUAUACCACCGAUUCAUGUACCUGUGUCAGACCGGGCGGUGUUUGAUUCAACAACGAGCGAUCGUUUUCAACCUGACUCUACCGUUGCAAUGGAUUGUUUGUCACCAACAUCGGAUCAGCCACGUACCGUAGUAAAUAGUCCGGCAAGCGUCCAAGACAAUUUCGAAGCGAUGACACCUACACCUGCAACAGUGAAUAAUAAUGUUCCUACAACGGCAAUCUCUUAUGUUGAAACACCAUUCUGGUGUUCAAUACUUUACUACGAAUUAAAUCAACGCGUGGGCGAAACAUUUCAUGCUUCAUUGAAUUCAUUAGUUAUCGACAGUUUCUGCGAUCCGAAUGCUUCGGAUAGGUUCUGUCUGGGAUCGUUAACAAAUGUAAAUCGUACACCGGAAAGUGAAGCAUGUCGACGUAUGAUCGGCCAGGGCGUUCGACUGUACUAUAUCGGCGGCGAAGUAUUUGCAGAAUGCUUAUCAGAUUCGCCUGUAUUUGUUCAAAGUCCAUGUUGUAAUCAACGGUUUCAAUGGCAUCCAGCUACUGUCUGUAAAAUACCACCACGCUGUAAUUUGAAGAUCUUCAAUAAUACGGAAUUCGCUCAAAUGUUACGCGACACUAUUCAACAUGGCUAUGAAGCUGUUUACAAUCUCACUCGAAUAUGUUCGAUUCGAAUGAGUUUUGUCAAAGGUUGGGGAGAAGAAUAUCGACGACGCACCAUCAUGAGUACACCAUGUUGGGUAGAAAUUCAUCUCAAUGGUCCCAUGCAAUGGUUAGACAAUGUUCUUCAACAAUUACCAUUGCCUGGUCCAAUGUCAAGCAAAUAA